UUUAGUUCCGGUUGCUCAGUCUGUUGUAGCUGUAUGUUUUUUUUGUUGAUUUUCAAGCGCUGUCUUUCUUUGUUUUGAUUCAAAGGAGCUCCAUGGAGUCACAUUAUUCACCGCUGAGAGUCAUCGGUGAAGGAUCGUUCGGCAGAGCUUUGUUAGUGCGGUGUAACAACAGUCGGCAGGAAUAUGUGCUCAAAGAAAUCCAGCUGCCAAAGAAUCAGAGUAAAUUGGAGAAUUCGAGGAGAGAAGCCGUCCUGCUGUCCACAAUGAAACAUCCCAAUAUUGUGGCCUUCAGGGAAGCAUUCGAGGCUGAUGACCUGCUGUGCAUUAUUAUGGAGUACUGCAGAGGAGGAGACCUGUUACAGAGGAUCACGCAGCAGAAAACCGCACAGUUUUGUGUCGAUGAUAUCUUGAGGUGGUUUUCUCAAAUGUGUGCAGGUGCAAAGCACAUCCACGAUAAGCGAGUUUUGCACCGAGACCUGAAGUCCAAGAACAUUUUCCUGACAGAUGACGGGACGAUUAAACUCGGGGACUUUGGCUCAGCGUGUGUUCUCAACAGCUCAAAGGCAUUCGCUCAUUCGUAUGUUGGGACUCCGUAUUACGUAGCUCCAGAAAUCUGGGACAAUAAGCCUUACAACAAUAAGAGCGACGUGUGGUCUUUGGGCUGCGUUCUCUACGAGCUCUGCACCCUGAGACACCCGUUCCAGGCCUCCAGCUGGAGGAGCCUGAUCUUUAAGGUGUGCCGGGGCGCGUACCCGCCGCUCCCCGACCACCUGCCCUACGAGCUGCGGUAUUUGAUCAAGCACAUGUUCAAGACCAACCCGAAGGACAGGCCGUCCCUGCACACCAUCCUGACCUCUCACCGGGUCUCCAGACUCCUGCGCUCACAUUUCCCCUCCCAGGUGACGGAGGUGGAGGAGGGGGAGGAGGAGCGGGGGACGAGGAUGAAGCAAUGGGACAGAGGAGGAGGAGGGAAGGUGGUCGAGCUGUUGCGAGAAAAGAGUUUGAUGAAAACGACAACAUUGGAAGGUGUGGAGAUAACUGAAGGUCGCUGUGAGAGCAGAGAGCCCGGUCGUCGCAGACAGUGGACGGCUGAGCGUUCCGACUCUGUGCUGCAGGUGCUGGCAAACAAAAGCCUCCUCUCAUCGGACAGCGUGUCCUCUGUGACCGGCCGGACACUCGUGAGCUCUACAGAGGACGACGUGCCGAGGAGACGAUGGGACAAAGAUCCUCCUGAAAGACUCAUGAGCCUGUUAGAGAAGGUCCAGCUGAGCAGAGCCUUCAGCACCUUCUUAAUACACAAUGGGGACGACCCGCUGAAAGGACCCCUCUCUCAGCCUCAGGGCGACGACACGGACGGCCCCGAGGAGGAAGUAACCGCCGACGAGCAGCGACUGGAGCCUCGCUCUGAUGACGACGACACAGACUUUGAGGAAGAAUCUCCAUGUGACUGGAUCGAUGAGGUCGAACACAUGUUUGCGGAACAUUAAAACCCCUCGCGGUACAGAACUGUGGAGGACUCAGUUCUGUUUACACCGCCAUGUUGGCAGGAAAAACAACUGAACUGCCAAAAUGGAUGUUGCCAGUUUCAAGCCACCAGAGUUCACCGGACACUUUAAAGCGAGUUAUAUGUUGCAGAACUUGACAGAGUAAAUAUACAAUAUAUGGACAAAAGUAUUCAGACCUGAACAACAAGGACUGUAAUAACCUAUUCAAAUACAUAUACAUGCAGUUUCCACUCUUCUUGGACGACUUUCCUCAAGAUUUGAAAGUGUUUCAAUGGGAAUUUGUGCCCAUUCAUUCUAUAGAGCAUUUAUAAAGUCACUAUCCACGAGAGGAAAAAAAGGACUUUCCUCAAACAGUUGUCCCAAAGCGUUAAGAUUGUCCUUCACUGGAGAUAAGGGACCAUCGAGACCAAAGCCUGAAGAACAGCCCCAUACCACCCUUACCUUACUUUUUGUCCAUAUAAGCCCCUUUUCCACCCACCUACAUUUCCAAGAACCUUCAUUACCAGGAACCUAUUAACCUGGGGAAAAGAAUUCCCUUUUGUACAGUCUGGUGUGCAAAGACCUUUAGAACGAUACAUGCUUUCACGCCAAAAGUCACCAGAACACCAGAAAAAGUCACUAGAUCUGUCACUAGGCAAUUUUUUGAAAAAGAAUACUCGCUAAAUAUAGUGUCAAAGUUGCUAAGCUGGCAACACUGAAACAUCUGCUAAAUGUGUCCCACCAAUCAGCGUACUUCAGUGCACAGCCCCGCCCCUCUAGAGUUCCUGGUAAUCUGAAAAGAUUGGCCUAUUCCAGACCUGGCGUAUUCCGACUUUCUUCUACUAUUCAUGGAAUUCUCAUGGAAUGCCAGAAAACACUUAAACGUCACAAUAAAAAGCAUGUUAAAUUAAGAAAUUAAAUUAACAUCACCUCAUGUUCUACACUUGUUUUCAUUUUAUUUAUACAAAUAAACUCACAUCUCUCCUUUUUUACAUAAAACUUAAAUGUGUUUGCCUCUCAAUGGAAACUAUAUGCAGCAAUGGCAAAAUAGUCCAAAAAAUUCAGUUUACACAGGAAAGAAAUAAAGGAAAUGGGAGAAAAGAAUGUGAGCGAAUGUGAAACAGUUUUCAGUAUAUUUAGUUUCUGUCGCAUAACGUCCGCUCUCUCUGUCUCUCUGUUGUAUCCAGAAUGUAGGUCACAGGUUUCUUUGUUAAUCAGGCAGAUAUUGUGUGAACCUGUGUUUCUGUCACAGCUGAGGUUAAUCAGUGUGACUGUGACAGAGCUGAUAUAUGCAGGUGUGAGGGUUUGCCACGCACUUGCUUCAGUGUGUUUUUCAUGUUGAGUGGGCUGGGGUUCUCAAAAUGUGUUUCUCUUGUUUGGUCAUUUGUUUAGUUUUCCUCUGUCAAGUGAAAGUUUGGAGUCUGAUACUUUGUUGCAAACAUAUCAUUAUUGUGACUUUAUCUUCCUCUUUGGACCAAAAAUUGAAUGAAACAUUUCUUGACACAAUAUCCCAUCAGUCAAAUUGCACAGUAGGGCUGCAACUAACAAUCUGUGGUUUAGUUUCCCAACAAAUCAAUCAUUUGGUGCAUAUAAAAUAUCAGAACAUGUUGAAAAAUGGUCUGAUACUCUGAAAUCAGUGUUGAGUGUUUUGUCCACAAUCCAAAAUGCCUCAGCUUUAAUGAUUUCUUUGUGAUAUGAAGCACGGAAACCAGAAAAUACUCACAUUUAAGGAGCUGAAACGUCAGAGAAACUCGUUUAAGUUCUUUUAAAAACACUAAAUGCUACAUUAAAAUAAACUCAAUCACAGAAAAUAGAUAUGUUUCUAUGUAAGAAAAGAAAACAAAAUGGGUAUGAAAGAUGCGUGAUAGGGCAAAAAGAAACAUAUAUGAUGUGCUGAGUGAGAGAAAUAUGAUGUUUAAAUACAGAACCUUUAAAUGAACAUGAUCCAAAUGAAACGGGGGGAAAAAACACUUAAUUGCUGAAAACACCGAUAAACAUAAGUGCAAAUACUUUUUACGGUAAACUGGCAAAUAUAUUUGACCUGAUUCUGUUCAUCAAGUUAGUAAAAAUAUCACAAUUCUGUGGGAGAAGACUUUUCUUUCCACUCCUGGUGCUUUUGUUAGGAUUUGUUUGCUGGAAAACUGUAACUUAUAUGGAAAUGACUGUGUUUAAGUUUCUUUCUUUUGUGAUCAAACUACUUUAAACUAACUUAUUUAAAACUUAAAUCUUAAAACACAUUUCUACUCUUUGGCUUUACCACAAUUUUUAUUGUACGACUUGUUUUUAGUUGUGUUUGUUUUUAUAUUUUCUAGACUAUUUUAUUGUCUGGUAAACUCUGAACGUGUCACGAUCUUCUUUAUUAUUUCAUUUAAUAAUCAUAUUUUUCUGUUUUACAUGUGUAUUUUUGGAAAUUGCCUGAAAUUUCCCAGUUUUUGGGAUCAAUAAAGUACUUUUAUCUA